AUGAAGAUUCCUACCAUCGCUGCUAUUUUAGGUCUUGCUAGUAUUGCUUCUGCUGAAGUUUUCCUUUUUGAAACCUUUUCUGAUGGUGAAGGAUGGAAAGACCGUUGGACACCUUCUACUUAUCGUGAAGACCUUGGCAAGCUUGAGGUUUCUCCUGGUAAAUGGUUUUCAGAUGAAGCUACUAAGGCUGGUCUUAGAACCACUGAAGAUUAUCGUUUCUAUGCUGUUUCUACCAAAAUCCCUAAACCUUUUACCAAUAAAGAUAAAGACCUUAUUAUUCAAUUUGACGUUAAGAAUGAACAAGAUAUUGACUGUGGUGGUAGUUAUUUGAAGUUCUUUGGUAAUGAUUUCGAUUCUAAAACAUUCAACGGUGAUACCAACUACAAUAUCAUGUUUGGUCCUGAUAUUUGUGGUCCUAAAGCAAUGGUUCAUGCUAUUUUGAAUUACAAGGGUACUAAUUAUGACCUUAAAAAGAUAGUUGCUGCACCCAAGGAUACCUUGACACAUACUUACACUUUAACUCUUAAGCCUGAUCAAACCUAUUCUAUUUUGGUAGAUGGUAAGGAAAAGGCUGAAGGUAGUCUCUUGGAAGAUUGGGACUUCUUACCUCCCAAGAAGAUCAAGGAUCCUAAUGCUAGCAAACCUGAAGAUUGGGUAGAUGAAGAAAUGAUUGUUGACGAAAGCGAUGUUAAGCCUGAUAAUUAUGAUGAUAUUCCUGAAUUUAUUCCUGAUCCUAAUGCAAAGAAGCCUGAAGAUUGGGAUGAUGAUAUGGAUGGUGAAUGGGAGGCUCCCUCAAUUGCUAAUCCUGAUUAUAAGGGUCCCUGGUCUCCUAGAAUGAUUCCUAACCCUAACUAUAAGGGUGAAUGGGUACAUCCUGAAAUUGAUAACCCUGAAUACAAGGUCGAUAAUGAAAUUUAUAUUUAUGAUUUUGCUAACGUUGGUAUUGAUGUCUGGCAAGUCAAGUCUGGCUCUAUCUUUGAUAAUAUCUUGAUUACAGAUGAUGCAGAUGAGGCCAAGAAGAUUCGUGAUGAUACCAAGGCUACUACCUCUUUGGAGGAAGGUGCCCUUGCUGCUUAUAAUGAAAAACUUCAAGAAGAAGCCAAGAAGAAGGCUGAAGAAGAAGGUUCUCCUGUACCUGCUGAAGAAGCUGAAGAAAAGAUUGACCUUGAAUCUUAUGAACCUCCUAUCAAAUUUGACGAAAUCCCUGAAGAAGCUGCUGAAGCUGUUAAAAAGUCUGAAGAAGAAGAAAAGAAGGAAGAAGCAACAGAAGAAGAAGAUGCUAAGAAGCAUGUUAAGGAUGAAUUGUAA